AUGAUGCAUCGCGAUCAGAACUACCACAGGCGAGGGUUCGCUCAGACGCCGACAGAGUUUUGGAGUUUUCAGCGAUUACCGGCAGAGAUCCGGAAUAUGAUUUGGGAGUACUCGUUGCCAGAAUCCCGGGUGUACGAGGUCAUGGAUGCUCCCAGCUCCAAACAGAAGACUCCGGCUCAGAAGGGGUUGAUGUUUGCCAAUGUGCACCCGGAGCCUCCUCCGCCGCUGGCAGCUGUCUGUCGAGAGAGCCGAUGCUUUGUGCUUCACCACUACAAACCGUUGACGCUAGGCCCGACGACGAAGUACGUCGACCUCUCCCGGGACAUCUUGCUCCUGGAACCAUAUCUGUUGGUCAAACGGCUACACCGGACGCUGCAUUUCAUGAGCCAGAUUCCUCUUGUGCGGGACAACAUCAACAGACUGGCCCUCGGCACCUCGUACGGCAUCUACCCAGGAAUCUUUCACCCUGUGUUGAGCUGGAAGGUCUCCAAGACGAACAUGCACAAGCUGAUGACCAGUCUGGCCAAGUUCCCCAAGCUACAAACAUUGGUGUUUGUCGUUCAUCAGGAGUUCCAGUUCGAGUUUGAUUUCGGGCACCCAUCCGGGAUGGCGCCCCUUUCAAACCAUCAGCAACACGCACAACUACAAGGGGCAGCAGCGACGGGCAUGGGCGGUUAUCCAUCACCAGCACCGAGCAGUGCGAUCAGUGGAACUGGCACUCCAAUGCCAAGUUUAUCACCAUCAGCAAGUCGUUUGCCCACUCCAAUGAGCAGCAAUGCCCCUUCGCCAUCACCGCCCCAGUCAUUACCUCUUCCAUCUCUGCCACCAUUGUCUUCGUCUCCUCCAUCAACCUCUGCUUCCUCCUCAUCAUCUGAACCACAAUACCGACCCCAACAGAUACACCAAGCCUACCGGUUCAAGUUCGACAUUGAAGCCAACAUCAACCACCAACCCCGACGGCCUCACCAUAACGAGCUGUCGUACUACCCGCUGCCAAUCGACGAGGAGAAAGACGACUGGGACCUCGGGGAGAUUGGGGAGGAAGGGGAGUGGUGCGAUCCACGGCCGACGAAUGAUGACUGGAGGCGGUUUAGGAAGAGGUUCGUGUGGGCUAUGGAUAAGAGCACCGCUCCUGAGGAGGAGAAGCCAGAGAAGAGUGGGGCCAAGAGAGGGGCGGAGGAUGACCUGAGGGGUUUGGCGAAGAAGUUGAAGCUCAAGGGGGCGAGCCUGUUGUGGAGGUAUACCAGUCAGAGGAAUGGGGGGUAUGCUGGGUAUGCUGGGUUGAGUUCGGGGGUGCAGGUAAGGGGGGGGUAUGCUUCUUGA